AUGGAGGGGAAAACAUUUGAUGGGGAAAGAGAGAGUGAGAAUGUGGGGAAUGUGAGAGAAAGACAGAAUGGUAGGGGAGGAGGAGUGAGAGGGAGAGAUAGAGUGAGGGAGAUAAAGAAGGGCGAGAGUGGGGGAUUACCAUCUCCCGUUCUAUCCAAACCCUCUAUGAUCUCCCUGCACUCUCUAUCCUUAUCACACUUAGCCUCUUACUAUCUCCACCGCUGUCUUUCAAGAGAGAAUAUGAGAGAGCGAGUAAGAGUGGAGAGAGAGAGAGAGGUUGGAGCGAGUAAGAGUAGAAGGAGUGAGAAUGGAGAGAGAGGAACAAACCAGGUGUUCGAGUAUGACGACACCCCUAUCACGUUUUCCUUCGUAACACAGGCUAGUCGUACGUACAGCGGACGAGGGUUUACGGCAGUCGUGACGGCAUUUACGGAGAAAUCUGGCGCCAACUGCUCCGGGACCGACUUCCUCUGUGACAACAACAGGUGUAUAAGUACUUCGCUCGAGUGUGAUGGAGAACAAAACUGUGUAGACAACACAGACGAAGCUUCCUGUUCAAGUACAACCGGUGCAGCAACAACAACAACUCCGUCUGCCUCGACCUCAGCUGGCGCAACGACCUCCUCUGCUGCAAACGUCACAUCUUCCAACCAGUCAACAACGCAGUCACCUUUAAGCUCCUCCCCCAGUGCAACUACCCAAUUAUUGUUAACUACGACCACACAGACAUCCGAAGAAAAGUCCACCUUUCCUGGUCUCGGAGAGAAGGCUGUCCUCGUGAUCAUCAUUCUGUCGUCUGCUGUGAUCGUUACCAUUAUUAUAACUGCAAUUGUCUAUAAGGUUUGGUGCACGCAGAACGUAGUUCAUCCUGUGCUUGAGAUAGAAGAGGCUCCAACAACAUCUUUUCAACCAGCUGCUAAACCAGGUCCCAAACCGCCUCCGAAGUCGGCCCCUAAACCAGCCCCUGAACCUGCUCCUAAAACAGCCCCCGAACCGGGUCCUAAAUCAGUACCACGGGGCAAAGCCCCGACCAGCGAGCAACCUAAAGCAAAAACAAACCCUUCAAAGAAAACGCCACCCAAAAGGAGUUUGAAGAAAGAUGCUUGGUAGAGAAAAUACUUUUGUCCAUUAAAUAUUUUCCUCAAUUUUUUCUUGUUU